UUUUGCAAACAGAAUGCUGGAAUCAUUCUGUGCCCUUCCCCGCCAUUGUGACUUGCCUUUACUCCCCAUCACCUCUUCCAUGGGACUUCAGAAAGAACCUGACCAACCAUUUGAUGAUUGGAGAGGAAUUGUGCCAACAAAAUCUUUCCAUUUACCUUGUGUCUCCAGUUGGAGUUUCUCUGGAUCAUCAGGAAUGUUUCAAAACUACUGUACUAAAACCUUCAAGAAAAAAGAGCAACAGAAAAUCAAGCCAGAAUCCAAGCUGGAAACCAGGAUAAAUAAAACCGAUAAAUUGGGCAGUAAAGUUAAAAGAAUUGGACCACACACAGAAAUCUUCCAAGGGUUCCAAGAAAGAAGCAGAUUAAUAAUUACCAAAAAAGUAGUUAGGAUGAUUACUCUCAUGCAAGCACGUGUCAGAGGGUGGCUUGAACGCAAGAGACUUCAAAGAAUAAUGGCCAAGGCUUUGUAUCAUGGAUCGAAUUUGAAAGCAGUUAUAGACAUGUAUCGGGGAUUAAUCCACCGUGUUAAAUAUCGACUUGGCCUUUGGAGGACCAGACAAAUUAUUAACCUUGCAGAGCUAGAGGAAUGAAUGGACAGAAAAAAGUUUUAUGAAACAGUGUUUGCCAAGAGAGGAGACUGGCAAGGAUUAGAAAGAAGCAAGCUCCUUAAGUACUUCAAUGACUGUGGUCAUUUCCCAACCCAGGAACAAAUAGAUGAUCAUUGGGACAUGACCUGUAGAGAGAGACAAAAAUAUCAUGAGUUGAUCAAAAAGUCCCAGGCAAUUGAAAUGAUAUUUACACUCUACCCUCCUUGUGGUGCGCGUGUGGCCAAUAACACCCGUAUCAAGUCAACGUGGCUGAGGCCCAUUGUCAAUGGAGAAGAAGGAUACAAAU